GCUAGACGAGAAUUUGAAUAACGAAUACAUCCUUAAUCUCCGUCUUAAAGUCUGCAUGGAAAGUGGUUUUGAAUGUAACCGUGUAGUUGAAGUGUUAGAAGAAUUUAUUGUUGUGCAACAAGCGUGCGACUUUGGGGCAGCUUUUGAAAUUCCAGGAUUUUCAUUGACGAAAUGGCGACAGGAUAAUGCAAUAUUACCGGAUGACCCAAUGAGCGCGAAGGAAAGGGAUGUGUUAAUGCAGGAUUUAGGUUUAAAAGCGUUUCUUCUGGCAAAUCCAUGUGAAAUAGGAAAAAACACUUCCGCAAACACACGCAUUGAAAGCAUUUUCGAUGAACAGAAUGCCACUUGUAUAAGAACAACCAAUGGGGAGAGCUACGACUGUUGUGUUGAAUCUAAAGUACUUGGGAGGAACUUGUGGAUGAAUUUUACCCUUGAUUUAUGUAGUUAUCGCAUGGAAAUGAAUCUGGAAAACGUACAACAAAAGUAUCAUUUGCUAAAUUAUGAAUGGGGAACCAAUCACAAAGUAUCAACAAAAGGUGUCUGGCGUGCGGAAUACAUGGUGACAAACGUGCAGUCAGAACGCGUGUUUUCUUUCGACAUUUCCUUACAACAGUGUUUCGAGCCUGUCUGUACGUCACGACUGAUCGUAGCUAACGACGUACGCAUACCGUAUCCAUCCUGCCAAAAUGUGGCCAGAAAUGACACCCGUCAACCAUUCUAUGGAAUAUCGUAUGACUUUUGGAAGCAGCCUGUCUGUACGCGAGACAAUUUUACAGAAUCUACAGGUUGUAAUGAUUUAUCGGACGAAAUCGCGGACAUAUGCACUUGGACAAAUGGCUGUGCAGGUAUUCAGUGCUGUACAGAAUUCUAUUUCAGCGAGAGCAGACGAAAUAUUAUGAUUGAUUUCUCGCUUACAUGUGACGGUAAAAUGCAGUAUGGAAUUGAAAAUAGAAAAAGGAACAGGACUCUAUUGGAAAAUGGACUUACUAUCAAUGAGGUGAUAGCUGAUACAAUCUAUCUUGAUAUGAGCGUAUCAAAAAUAAGCCCAUUAAACUAUCAGGUGAAUAUGAAUGUAUCGGUAUGUACAGGCACACAGAAUACAUACGAUUGUCAAUUAAACUUCCGCUUGUCUCAAGUAGCAAAAUGCCCAGAUAACACCAGACGACGUCGACGACGACGAAACAUUAAUGAUCUGAUGUUACCGAGUGUGGAUCUAAAAGAGGCAGUCACACUGUUGGUGAGUCAAGGGGCGUCUCCAGCUGAAAUACAAAAGUUCAUUGAAGAUGCAAUACAACAUCAGAAUGAUCUGAAGUCUCAGGUGUGGCAAAGCGAGCAACUGGGUGAUUCCGAUUCAAGCACAGGAUAUGCAGCAACAGUGAAAGCAUUGGGAGAAAAUAAUCCACAAACGCUUAAAUACAGAAGCUCCACAGUUUCAGUAAAAAUGGAAGUCGAAGGUGCUGACAAAAUUGUGGAGAUGUUUGGAAGUGUGAAUGACACAAUAAACAGAGCUGAUCAACUUUUUGUUGUCGGAAAGGGGCUUUCUAAGGUAGGGACUAACUUGUUAGGCGCGCAACUAGCAAAUAUGACAAUCGGAGACCUGGAAGCAAUGCUGGAUCAGAAUAAAGUUGACCCGACGUUAAUUAGAAAGCUUAUCGAUGAUUUUAUAGAUCUUGCUAAAGCAUUGUAUUCAGAAGUGGUGGACAAACUAUUUUCCGGAGAAUUAGGCAACCCAUUCAAAUCAUUUGAAAUCUCAUUGAAAGGAAAUUGCGGAAUACCUAAAAGGAGUGUAGAGUUCUUUAAAAUUGACCAAGUGUUUCCCUUAGGAGGAUUCAUAUAUCUUACCUUUGCUUUCGGCGCCAGUGGUUAUUAUGGACUGGAUUUAGGUUGGGAAGGUAAACUGAUAGCUCAGACUGCCGGAGCUACCGUUGUGCCUUACGGAGGCCUGACAUGUUGGGGUGAAUUGGGAGUUGGUUUCAUACUAUAUGGUAAACUUCGAUUAGAAGGACAGAUUAUGGAUUUGAAAUUUCCAACACGUGCUGAAAUUGGAUUUUCUAAAUUCCCAUUGGAUGUGACAUCAAAACUGGACUUAGAGCUUACCCCAGUGAAGCUUCGGCUGAUUGCACUUGUAACGUUUGAGGUUAGACUGCUGUUCAUCAAGAUUAAGAAGACAUUGUUCCGUAAAGAUUUGUGGCGUUAUAGUACACCUACGAUACGGGCAAAUAUGGUCGAUGUUUCCACAAAAGAAACCGAUGACUCACCACCUCAGUUUUCGUCAGUUAUAAAUAAUAAAAUUAAUAAACGUAAGAGACGGUCUCUGCCUACUUGUGAAAUCAGUCAAAUUAAGAACAGAGAUUACACUGAGCCUGCCUUUGAGAUAUCUGUAGCAGCUGCAGAUGACAAAAGUAAUGUAAAGUUUUUCCUGGAUGUUGGUACCUUCCCCGCAGGAAACAAUGUCGUCAACGAUCGUCAAUUUGGAGGAUCAUCGACAGUUUUAGCUACACAACAGUCCGUAGACGAAUAUCCAUCUGGAGAACCCCUGUUUUUCACCGUCUUUGCUGAAAAUAGUGCCGGUACGAGGGCGGGUGUGACUUGUAUGUUAACGACUUAUGACACUACAAAACCAACGGCAAGAAUAACACCCGGGUAUUUAACAACAAGUAACCCAGAUCAAAUAAAAGCAUCAGUGUUAGUUCACGAUGACUCAGAAAUCACCAGCGCCUUUAUAGGAAUAGGAUAUGGCAAAGGAAUUUACGGAGACCAAAUGAUUCCAUGGACCUUGCGGAAUUUAAUGGAAAGGAACCCUUUGUCAUUUACUGAUGACCCAUUAAGGCAGUUCUCAGACAUAGAGGACGGAAAAUUUGUCUCUCCACCCAUCAAAACACUUAGUGGAGUAACAUUAGCAUCCACGUGUGCACAGUCCUGCUUAGAUUUGGAACAUUGUACUAGUUUCAAUUAUGACUAUGGUCCAGAUGGUACCUGUGAAUUGCUUCGUUCAAUUCGACAUUAUGAUGAUACUUUGGCAGAGUCUGGUCUAUUUUGUCACUUUGAGCGGUUGUCCAGCGGCCAUGCUGUUGAGAUCAAUGAAGUAAACUUAAAUAUGCGACACAACUGGCUUCAUUUUGUCAAUAUAGACCUCACAAACGUGUUGGGUUACAGAUCAAUCGUAUCAAGUGCUGGCAUACUCACUGAUUAUACCUGUCCUGAACCAGGCCCUGUUGUAAAUUCAUCACGUGAUACGUUGAGCAGAGAUGAAUGUUUAUCUUUGAUCCCUCCUGAUCGGCCAGAUCUGAAUAGAUUCUGUAUUGGUAUACACCCCAAAAGCCUCAACCACAGAAUUAUUAUUGACGGUGAAGGAUCCAGGACGCUUUUUAACGGUGAUAAGCCGAUGCUUGAUCUCAAAUACACUAGAAGUAACAACUACAUUGCUGGAAAUUGGGAUGGAAUCACGGACAAUGAAACAGAUAUACGAGCAUACGCUUUUGCAAUUGGAAGACACAUAUGUGAAGAUAUGAUCCACCCUCAUCAUGACCCACAUAAGCAUUUGAUGCACGAGUCACAGUGGACCAACAUGGCUGUCAUUACCGCAUCGGCGAUUUAUAAUCCUUUCCCACUCCCAUCCGGAAAGUACUACCUGAUGAUCAGGGCAAUAAAUAAAGUAGAAUACGGAGGGCCGCUUGCAGUUACCAUAUGUCAUAGUACACCCUAUAUAAUUGAUAUUACAUACCCUGUUGUGUACGAAGUCUUUGAUAUUAAAUAUGACGAGGAGAAUUAUGUAUUGUCAGCAGAACAUAAUUCUACCGAUGUUGAAUCGGGCAUUGGCUCUGUUGAACUUGCAAUCGGAGACAACCCUAGAAACGAAGAACUGUUGCCGUGGACAAGAAGACCAACGUCACAAUAUAUCAUGUAUAGACACCAUAUUCCAGACGGUAUUCCUGCGUGGUUACGUAUACGUGUUACAAAUAACGUUGAAUUACACUCAGUGGGAAGGGCUGAUCAAGCUAUUAUUGUGGAUGCAAUCCGCCAUUAGCAGGGACUGUGUACGAUGGUCCUCUGUUCAAGGAGGACCUACAAUAUACAAAAUAUUCAAAACAGAUAUGUUUGAACUGGUAUGGCUUUUACGACCCCCAGUCAGGAAUUUCUUCUUACGAAGUAGGAAUUGGGACUUCAGCAGGUCUGACAGACAUUGCGGAGUUACAGUCUCUGAAACAUCAUGAACAUUCAUAUUGUGUGGCAUUAGAUGAAAAUUCUACAUUGAUUCAUGAUCGUGUUUAUUACCCGAUUGUCUGGGCAAGCAAUGGAGCUGUUAACCAAAAGAAUAUUUCAGAAACAUCAGAUGGAGGUGAACUGUCUUCAGUAUUUUGACCUUGCUUUUUCAUGAUAACAUACUGUAUUUUAUUAGUUCGCUGUAAAAUAUGAAGAAAAUAUAG